GGUUAAGGAGUAAUGGUGCUUGUGGGAAAGCAGGGCAGUGUGGCUAAUAGAGCACUGAGCUGGGAGACAAAAGACCUGGCUUCUAGUUCCAGCUCUAUCGCUAACCAGCUGUGUGAUCCUGGAAGAAUCCCUUAACUUUUCUUGACUCAUCAUCUUUCUUUUUUUUAAUAAUUUUUAUUGUGCUUUAAAUGAAAGUUUACAAAUCAAGUCAGUCUCUCACACAAAAACCCAUAUACACCUUGCUACACGCUCCCAAUUACUCACCCCCUAAUGAGACAGCCCACUCUCUCCCUCCACUCUCUUUUCAUGUUCAUUUCGUCAGCUUCUAACCCCCUCCACCCUUUCAUCUCCCCUCCAGGCAGGAGAUGCCAAUAUAGUCUCAAGAAGCUGAUCCAAGAAGCUCACUCCUCACCAGCAUCCCUCUCCAACCCAUUGUCCAGUCCAAUUCAUGUCUGAAGAGUUGGCUUCGGGAAUGGUUCCUGUCCUGGGCCAACAGAAGUUUUGGGGGCCAUGACCACCAGGGUCCUUCCAGUCUCAGUCAGACCAUUAAGUCUGGUCUUUUUAUGAGAAUUUGGGGUCUGCAUCCCACUGCUCUCCUACUCCCUCAGGGGUUCUCUGUUGUGUUUCCUGUCAGGGCAGUCAUUGGUUGUAGCCGGCCACCAUCUAGUUCUUCUGGUCUCAAGAUGAUGUAGUCUCUGGUUCAUGUGGCCCUUUCUGUCUCUUGGGCUCAUAAUCGCCUUAUUGGACUCAUCAUCUUAAUCUGUAAUAUGAGAGCAUGGUAAUUUCUAACAUAGAGUUCUGUGAUCCUCUGGCUGUGUGGAAUGGGUGAAGUGGUAGGAGAAGGUGCUGAUAUCAAGGCUCCCAGUCUGCUUUAAGGCAGUGUGGUUUUCAACUGGGGGUGACUUUGCCCCCCUUCCCAGGAGACAUUUGGCAAUGUUUGGAGACACUCAUGGUUGUCACGACUAGGUAGUGCUACUGGCAUGUAGUGGGUAGAGGCUGGGGAUGCUGCUAAAUACCCUGCAGUGCAAGGGCACCCCCACAGCAAAGAACAAUCCAGGCCAAAAUGUCCAUAGUGCUGAGGCUGAAAAAACCCUGCUUUAAGGGGAUAAGACUCCAUCUUUUGCUCCUUCAUUUUGCAAUUUCUGGUAAACCUGAUAUUUGGAUUCCUUCCUGAUUUCUCUUGCUAUUGAAGAAACUAAUUUGCUGAAUUGUGCCAAGUUACCAACUGAUCUCUAAACAAUGAUAACUUUGCUAACUAGUAUAUUAGGGUUCUUUCAGAGAGCCUAAGGAACCCUGGUGAUGCAGUGAUUAAGCACUCAGCUGCUAACCAAAAGGUUGGCAGUUUGAACCCACCAGGCACUCCAUGGGAGAAAGAUGUAACAGUCUGCUUCCAUAAAGAUUUCAGCCCUGGAAACAUGGGGCAGUUCUACUCUGUCCUGUAGGGUUGCUAUGAGUUGGAAUCAACUCGACAGCAAUGGGUUUGGGUUUUUUUUUGAUAUCUAAUUUUUAAUCUAAUCUGUAUGUGGGAUUUGUUACAGGGAUAUGAUCUUAAGUAUGGGAGUUGGCUAAACAGUCUGUAAAGCUGUUGUCUUCAUGUCUUCUGGUUGAGCUUGAAGUCCACAGGGCAGGCAGUCAGGAAGUAAAGAUGGAUGUAAAGUGAGGAAGAGCAAGGACCAGCUGGAACCCAUAAGGAUGUACUGGGAUCUACUAGUUCACACUGCCUCCAGCCUGCAGGGGUCCUGCAGGAGAGGCUGGUGCCCUUUGUCACGGAGGUAAACACACACCUGCCCAGAAGUGUGAGAAGCUGAAUGAGGAUCCAGAGGAAGAUGUAGCAGUUGCAGGCCCAGGUGCUGCCCCAAACCAACAAGGUAGCCAGCAGAUAAGCGAUAAUGUGUGUGAACUACAAAAGUGCUUGCCCCUGACUUUGCAAGCAUAACCACAAAAUGGCUGUUGCUUCACUUCCACGUUCCAAACCUGGCACAAAAAUACCUCUUGUGACCCACCCUAACCAGAAUAUACAGGGAAGAGAAUUCUGGAAAAUGUAGUUCAGCCUAAGCCACAAAAGCUGAAUUCUGUUUUCGAGAAGGCACAAAUGAAGUGUAAGCCUAGGAUCCAUCUUUAUGUAAGUUAUCGUGUCCUACCUUGGUUGUGCUGAUCUGGGAGGUUUUGCCCCUGUUUCUCUGGAGCAGGGAAUAUCACUUGCAACAUUAAGGCGACCUAUCCACUGUUUUCACAUAAGGAAGUGUUUCUUAGACUUGAUGAGAACUUCCAUGCUCCUCACUUAAAGUCUUAAGGCUUUGCUUUUAAAGAGAUUGAGAAUGUGACAUACAGCCCUCCUAUAAAAGGGAUUAGAGAUUUGAGUAGCUUUGAAUUCUGCUUUCAGUCUGACCACUGCUAUAAGAUAGAUUAGGGUUUUGGAUGUCAUUGAUCUCUUAAAGAAAGGGUUGAAAAAUUAAUUCCUUGAAUAGUGCUAAGAUCUGUAUGAUAUUACAAUCUGCAAAAAAUCUAGAAGUCCAGAACAUUUUGUUGGGAAAAGGAGGGUCCCAUACGUCCUUGGAGGCCUGGUGGUGAAGUGGUAAAGAGCUCAGCUGCUAACCAAAAGGUCAGGGGUUUCAAUCCACCAGCCACUCCUUGGAAACCCUAUGGGGCAGUUCUACUCUGUCCUCUAGGGUCGCUAUGAGUCUGAAUGAACUCGAUGGCACCUAACAACAACAUACUCCUUUGGUUGUACUGGAAGUAGUGAAAGGAAUUUGUGUCCUCUUGUUGCAGAAUAGGAAAUCCUCUAGGUGGGGCUGGCCCCUUUAAGAUUGAAAGGCUGAAGUAAUCUGGUAGCUAAGGAGUCACAAUGAAAACUUUCUUGGGUAAUGCUCCCUGAAAAUGCAUUUCUUACCUCCAGGACCAGAAGCACUGGGGAGUAGAGCUGAUCUUCUCCAUUUGGGAGGAGACGGUCACUCGGAGAUGGACAUGCUGGAGGACCUGGAGACUCUGCAGUCUGAGUAUGCACUUCCAGAGGAAGAGCGGACCUGGCUGUUUUUGAAGGGCCGUUCCCGGGGACUGAUGGUCGAGGCCUGUGCCCACGCAACCUUCUUCUGCAAGCUAUACCGUAUUUUGAGACAAUCAUUACAUGAGAAUCAAACCUCUGGACACGUCUCGACCGGAUCACCUAUCGCCUGUGAGGAGCUCAAUGUGGGCAUCAUUGGAGGUGGUCACCUUGGGAAGCAGCUGGCUCGAGUACUGCUUCAGCUUGUCCCCAUCCCCACUGAGAGCCUGCGGAUCUCCACACGGAGGCCAGAGGUCCUGGAUGAGCUCCAGAAACUGGGGAUCCAGUGCUUUUACCAGAACUCUUAUCUAGUAAAUUGGGCCAACGUGGUAUUCCUCUGCUGCCUGCCAUCUCAGCUGCCUAAUAUCUGCUUAGAAAUUCAAAGCAGCCUUGAGAAAACCUGCAUCGUAUACAGCUUUGUAGCUGCCAUCCCAGUACCCAGGUUGAAAUUACUGCUGAACCACACCAAUAUCCUGCGGCCUCAGUAUCAGUGUGCUGGUAAGUUUGUUAACAUCUGGGGCGCUAAUAAGGAAAUCACAGCUGCUCUCCGAGAUCCUGUGAUUCUUCGGGCGACUUGCCCCUACAGUCCUGCUGGAGGAAUAACACUCAAUAUCAAGUGGUUGGAGGGGGUGUUCUAUGCAGCCCUAAACAUCUGCACUGCAAAAGAAAUGUCCCACCCACGUGUGCUGCAGCUUUUGAGUGAACAGUUUCUCUCUGCGCACUCUGGAGAUUGUGGGAAAGACAGCGCAUCUUGCCCCAAGUUUCAGUUAACAGAUUUUGUCAGCAAAACCUAUGCGAAGAACCUGCCUCUGAGAAGGCCUUUCCCUUGGUUUGACUUGGCUGCUGUGCAACUCAAGGAAACUCCCUUCAGCUUGCGUCUUUCAAAGAGUACUGCUCUCCAGGACCACCUUACCCAUUUUUACUGUCACUUAUUUGGCAUCUCCCUAUUCAAAGACCAGCCAGAGGUUUCCACUGGCUCGCCAUCCCAGUAAGAGAUGAGAUCUCAGGAAUCAGAAUUUUUUCUCUCUCACAGAUUAGUUCUAAAAUGGGUGUACCCUGAUCACUACAAUUGAUAGUGGGAGUCAUGUGACCAUAUUGUCUUUGCCAAUGUUUGCCACGAAUUAGGCACUAAGGAAUUAGAAAACCAUACCGCUGGCACUUUAAAGUGUGGAAUAAAACAAGAGGUCCUUUAUGUCAGUAUACUUGGGUGUCUCUGGCUCUAGGAAACAAUCAAAUGAAACUACAUAACUUAACCCACUUAAGUAAGCUGCUUCCCCAGGAAAGCCUUGUUAAUUCAAAUGAUUUCUCUCUUAAAACAUAGCUGAAUUCAAGAAGUUGUAACGUCAUUAUUAGACAGUUACAUGCUGCAGCUUCUUGUCCUGUAGUACUAUGUAGCUGGCAAAUGAUGAUACGGCUUGAUUUUCCUACCAUUUUUUGAUAGAGUAGUAAAAUGUAAGGUAAGUGAUCUGAAUUAUGAUUUAUUUCAUGCUUAUUUCAGCUAAAUAUGACUAUUCUGAUACUACCUUACUUAAAUCUGUUUCCACCAUUUAAAACAUAGCUGACGUUUAUAUCAAAUGACUUAAAAUAAUUUUGCAAAGUACAGAACUUAUUCCUAAAGAGCAAGUUUGUUUAUUUCCUGCAUGUUUUUCAAAUACUUUUUGUCCAUUACGAUAGAGUAGAAGACAAUGGCAGUGACCCCACCUAGUUGGAAAAGGAUGUUAUUUACUAUGCUUUGCCAUUGAACAGAACACUGUUUGCUAAAUACUGAAGUGCUUUAGAACAAAACCAUUCACCAUACAUGUAAAUCACCUUGGUCUUAGGUUAAUCAUUUACAUUUUGAUUUUGCAUAAUUGUGAGUCAGGCAAAUUUAAUGGUAUGGUGUCAGAAUGGUUUCAGAUAAAAUCUUGUUAGUCCAGUGCAGGGGAGCAGUUAGAUUCAUCACCAAAUAUUAACACCUAGUAUAAAUGCUAAGUAAAUGCUACUCUAAGUUACUGUUCCUCAGUGGGGAAAAAAAAAAUUCCACAUUCCUUUGAGUGUUCAUUCAGGUAUAGGGAACUGGACAGGUUACAUCAAGGUACAUCAUUGUCCUUCUGGAUUAUGGUAAGCCUUUUGAGGGGCCUGGUAGCUAAGUGGUUAAGCGUUUGGCUGCUAAUCAAGAGGUCGGUGGUUCGAAUCCACCAGCAUCUCCUUGGAAACCCUAUGGGGCAGUUCUACUCUGUUCUAUAGGGUUGCUAUGGGUCGGAAUCAACUCAACAGCAAUGGGUUUCAGAUAUAGUGGUUUUUAUGGAGCCCUGAUGAUGCAGUGAUUAAGGGCUUGGCUGGUAACCGAAAGGUCAGCGGUUCCAACCUACCAGCCUCGGGAGAAAGAUGUGGUAGUCUGCUUCCGUAAGGAUUCACAGCCUUGGAAACCCUGUGGGGCAAUUCAGUUCUGUCCUUUAGGGUUGCUAUGAGUUGGAAUUGACUUGACAGUAAUGGGUUUGAUUUGGAUAGUGAUUUUAGGAUUAAGUGGAUAGGGUGGAGAAAAAACGGUUGACUCUACGAAACUAGAUGGGAACUGGGGUCAUUCAAGUAACCCGAAGUAUUUUGUAAUUUCUUUUGAGAAGCUGUCAUGGUUAAAUUCUGGCCUGAAUUUCAUUUUAUAAUGGUCUGAAAGGUACUACUUAAAAGAGCCUUGUAAGCAAACUCCAGAUGCUAUUCUAUAGUCGGUGGUACUUCUGUAAGCCAUGUCGUUUGUAAGGGUAAUAGAAAUCUAAAAAAAAAAAAACCUGGGGGAAUAUUCUCUGGUGCCAAAAGGGAAAGAGAACCCCCCGUCAUUUUUCUCAAAACAUUUCCUAUAGAGAACUUGUAAUUGUAAAUCCUUUCUCUGUCUCUUUGAGAUAUACAUAAAUAUUUUUAAAUGCUAGUAAGCCUCUUGCCAGUUUUGUGUCACAAGAUAUCUUUCUUGGGGGCCUUGGGGCCAUCUCUUUGAAAUGUGAGCACUGAGGAGGAUGGCAUCCUGUCUCUAUGGGAGUUUAGCUUAGGUGCCUGGUUCCCACGGUAACUUCCUAUUUGCCAUAAAGAUAAACCCACUGCCAUCAAGUCAAUUCCAACUCAAAGCGACCCUACAGGAUGAUGCAGAACUGCCCCAUAGGGUUUCCAAGGCGCAGCUGGUGGAUUUGAACUGCUAACUUUUUGGCUAGCAGCCUGAGCUCUUAACCACUGCUCCAUCAUGAGAUAGAAGUUUUAAUUUUCCUUUGGAUAAAAGGCAAUUUACAUGUAUGUAAUAGCUUGUAUCUGCCUGGCUAUAUAAAAGGGUGAGAUUUCUUUGUCUUUAAAAUCUCUUUAGUGGAUUGCCUGUGAUGUAUUCAAUGAUAAAACUUUCUUUUCUGAAUUUGUGGAGAAUAUCUGGGUCAGCAGGAAAUUUAAUAUUUAACUGUAUUUCCCUAACAUGUUUCUACUACCAGAUGCAUUGCUAGAAUUUACCAGGAAUUGUUAUAGUUACCUACAAAGGUAAAUAUUACUAUCUUUGUUUUAACAAGGGCUAAAUUGAAACCAAAUUAAGGGACAGUGCUGUGAGUUGGUAGAACUAAGAAGGAGCCAGCAGUUUUAACUCUGAAAAGGAGUUAGAUGAAAAGGAGAAAAAGAAAAA